GCAGAGACCCCACUACCCUGGAGGCCGAUGUCUUUACUCCCUACUAUAAUAGAAUAAGAAGCUUAUGUAUAAAAGAUAUUCUUGUGGUAAUUUAUGUUUAUACAAGGUAUCAUAUAUCAGUAUGAAUCUCGAAGCUACACACAAGGAAGCCGAAAAAAUGUCCUGUUCCAGACGCGGCAAAUCUGACUUAUCAUUAAUCCUUCCGACGUCAACUUUAAACGAGUUGGUUCGAACGUGGCUGUCUGAAGACCUGCCAAGCUUUGAUUAUGGUGGAUCUGUUGUUGGAGACCGCGAAGAGAAAGCUGUAUUGCUAUGUAAAUCUCCCGGGGUAUUAGCUGGUUGCCCUUUCUUUGAAGCUGUAUUUAAACAUCUCAAUUGCAAAGUAAAAUGGUUGGUAAACGAAGGAACCCGGUUGGUUCCAGUUUGCACCGUGGCCGAGGUUACUGGAAAAGUAAACCGAUUGCUAAUGGGGGAGAGAGUUGCAUUGAACUGUAUUACCAGAGCUAGUGGUGUAGCAACCAAAGCUAAGAGAUUGGCUGAAAUGAAACAGAUGGCAUCAUGGGCAGGUGAAGUUGCAGGCACUCGGAAGACCACUCCAGGCUUUCGAUUGGUUGAAAAAUAUGCCUUACUUGUAGGUGGAAUUUCAACCCACCGUUAUGAUCUUUCAUCAAUGAUUAUGUUAAAAGAUAAUCAUAUUUGGAGUGUUGGAAAUGUAAGCUCCGCAGUAAAAUCUGCCAGAAAAGCUGGAGGAUUUUCAGUCAAAAUUGAAGUAGAAUGCCGAAAUAUUGCAGAAGCAAGAGAGGCAGCCUGCUCUGGUGCAGAUAUAAUUAUGUUAGAUAAUUUUACAUCAGAGGCUUUGCACAGUGCUGCAAAAGUAUUGAAAGAUGAAUUUCCUCAUAUUAUUCUUGAGGCAAGUGGUGGUAUUAAUGAAGGCAACAUUACUGGUUAUUUUGGCCCUCAUAUUGAUGUUGUGUCACUGGGCUCUCUUACUCAAGGAUAUGAAUGUGUUGAUUUCUCUUUAAAGAUCCAAAAGGAAGGACAUGAUCCAAAGAACCCAAUAGUGAAAGAAGACCUUCUUGAACUGAACAUUUAAAUCAGUUUAAAUUUGAUUAAACAAGAAUAAGAAUUUUAUCAUCUUGAAAUAUAAUAUUUGUAU